AUGGAGCACCUCGGGGCUCACCACCUGCACCAAGGCCAAGCCGAGCCCAUCAGCUUCGGCAUCGACCAAAUCCUCAACACGUCGGAGCCGGGCAGCUGCAUGGUGUCCCACUCGCGGCUGCAGGACUCGGCCGAUUACGGCCUGGGUUGCAUCGUGGGCAGCGCCUACAACACGGUUACCGGCGGCUACGGGGCGAGCGGCGGCGGGGCCGGAGCCUACGGCGGCACUUCGUGCAGUAUGGGAACCUUGCCCGGCUCCUACAACGUGAACAUGGCGGUGAGCAUGAACGGCAACGCUUUGAGCUCGGCCGGGGGGGUGAUCCGCGUCCCGGCCCACCGCCCCGUAGCCGGCGGCGUGCACCAGCCCCUCUCCGCCGCCGUGCCGCCGGUGAACGGCAUGAACAGUCUGACGGGGCUCACCUUCCCCUGGAUGGAGAGCAACAGGCGGUACACAAAGGACAGGUUCACAGGUCACCCCUACCAGAACCGCACACCCCCCAAGAAGAAGAAGCCACGCACGUCCUUCACCCGCCUGCAGAUCUGCGAGCUGGAGAAGCGCUUCCACCGGCAGAAGUACCUGGCCUCUGCUGAGCGUGCAGCCCUGGCCAAGGCCCUCAAGAUGACGGACGCACAAGUGAAGACCUGGUUCCAGAACCGGCGCACCAAGUGGAGGAGGCAGACAGCGGAAGAGCGGGAGGCCGAGCGGCAGCAAGCGAACCGCAUCCUCAUGCAGCUGCAGCAGGAGGCCUUCCAAAAAACCAUCAACCAGCCCAUCCAGGCCGACCCCAUCUGCGUGCACAACUCCUCUCUCUUCGCCCUGCAGAACCUCCAGCCCUGGUCUGAUGACUCCACCAAGAUCACCAGCGUCACUACCGUUGCCUCCGCCUGCGAAUAAGGGCCAGCACCUGCGGUGUCCCCUUUGUCACAGGGCACACGUGCGUUCCAUGGAUCGUCCCUCUAUGAGGACCAAUGGGGAAGGGAAAUUCAGCCCCCAAACUCUCCCUGCCUGCAGGACUGCGGAGCAGCAGCGGCUCGCCUCCCCCCAGCCCUUUUGUUCUUCCUAAAGUCUCUGGUGCCGGCCUCAAACUUCCUGACACGCUGCCAGACAAAGCUGAGCCCUGACAGACGUGGCCGCGGGCGAGUGCCCGGCUGGAGGAACUUCCUCUGUGUUCGGCAGGACUCGGGGCAUCCCACAGGACUACACGUAUAUACGAGGUGUGUCUGUAGGUACGCACUUCGGACUGACUGGAACAAAAGGACGCGGCUCCCUGGGAAGCGAGUUUGUGCAGCCAGGCAUCAUGCUGGGCUCUUGGCAGCUGGAGACGUUUGGGGAUGCAACAAAUGGAGAAAGCCACCCGUCUCUCGGCCUCCCAGCAGCAAUUUCUGCUGGCAGCAGUGGCGAGCCCUUUGGAUCUCACCUAGCAGCAUCUCCUCCCCUUUUUCAUUAAUUUUUUUCCUGCGAGGGGGGAAGAAGUGAAGGAACUGACAGCCUCCUGAGGACGGUAAAUGUGAUAUCUCAAUUGCGCCAAGAGCCCAAACUGUCCCUGGCCGCUGUGGCCACGGCGUCGAUCAGCCCGGGCUUUAAUAACAAGGAGAGCCUGGCUGGGCAGGGCUGCUGCCGCUCUGUUCCAUGGGUUAUUUCCAUAUCAUUUGCAAAGCGUGGCCCGAUGGGUUGUUUUACCCGUGUCCCUUUAUGAGGCGGUUUGCGAGGGCGAAAAUUGAUUUCACUUCUGACUUUGUUGUUUCUUUAAUUGUUCUGAGGGAAUGAGACACAAUUAAGCAAAGCACUUCCUAUAGCAAACGCCGGGAAUAUAUAGAUAUUAUAUAUACAGUAUAUAUUUUUCAGUUACUUAUAAUCUAAAACAGCACUGCCAAUUUAAACAGCUAGUACAGGCAAGCGAGCAGAAAACCUAUUUUCAGUGAGAUUUUUUUAAAGCUUUUUUUUUUUUUUUUUUUUAAGUUAUGCACUUAUAAGGUGUUUUCUGUGUAUUCAUUUUAUAAAGUGCUUGUGUAAUUU